AUGCACUGGGGGGUUGGCUUCGCCUCAUCCAGGUCGUGCGUGGUGGAUCUAAGCAGGAAUCAGAGCCUUUGGUGCGCGGGGUCCGACGAUCACUUUUCCUUUUAUGGGGAGAUCAUUGCUUUCCCACCGCAGGAUUACGGCGGGAUCAUGGCAGGGCUGGGAUCUGAUUCGUGGUGGAAGAAAACCCUUUAUUUGACUGGGGGGGCCCUGCUCGCCGCUGCUGCCUAUCUCUUCCACGAACUCCUGGCUAUUAGGAAAGAACAAGAAGUCGAUUCAAAAGAUGCCAUCAUACUACAUCAAUUCUCAAGGCCAAACAAUAAUAUUCCCAGUUUAUCUCCUUUCUGUUUGAAAAUGGAGACUUACUUGAGGAUGGCUGAUUUGCCCUAUCAGAACUACUUUGAUGGAAAGCUUUCUCCCCAAGGGAAAAUGCCCUGGAUCGAAUACAAUCGCAAAAAGGUAUCCGGCACAGAAUUCAUUAUUGAUUUUUUGGAAGACAAGCUUGGAGUGAAUUUAAACAAACACCUUGGCCCACAUGAGAGAGCUGUUUCUAGAGCAGUAACAAAAAUGGUGGAGGAGCACUUCUACUGGACCUUAGCAUAUUGCCAGUGGGUGGACAAUCUCCAUGAGACCCAGAAGAUGCUUUCUCUUGGUGGGCCCUUUAGUGACUUACUGAAGUGGAUUCUGUGCCACAUAACAAAAGGAAUUGUGAAGCGGGAAAUGUAUGGACAUGGCAUUGGCCGCUUCUCUGAGGAAGAAAUAUACAAGCUGAUGGAGAAAGAUAUGCGCUCUUUGGCCAGUCUUCUGGGUGAUAAAAAGUACAUAAUGGGACCCAGGCUUUCUACUGUAGACGCUACGGUGUUUGGUCAUCUGGCUCAGGCAAUGUGGACAUUGCCAGGAACUAGGCCUGAGCGCCUCAUUAAAGGAGAACUGAUUAACCUUGCUAUGUACUGUGAGAGAAUAAGGAGGAAAUUCUGGCCAGAGUGGCAUCAUGAUGAAGACAACACUCUGUAUGAAUCAGAAGAAAGCAGUGAAGCAAGUAAAAGUCAACCGCUGCAGGACUUCAGUUUUUAUUCAAGGACAGAAACAUUUGAUGAUGAAGGACCUGAUAACAGUUUUUCCCGAACGCCUGAUACCGAUUAUACAGGGCAUUCCCUCUUUGAUUCUGACGUGGAUAUGGAUGACUGCACAGAUCAUGAACCAUGCAAGUGA